UAUGGUUUUGCUUUAAAGAUCAAAUCUCUCUCUCUCUCUCUCUCUCUCUCUCUCUCUUCCCUUUAGGCACUUUUGUUCACCAACUCCUCCCAUGUGGACUUCAAUUUCUUACUCUUCCGUUUCCGACCUUCCUUUUCGAGAUUACUUAUUUUGGGUCCGUGUUCUUCUAUCUCGUCAUCCCUUGUGUCAAAUUUCCAAUUUCGCUUUAAGCUUUAUUAGUUUAAGGUUACUAGCUAUUUCAUUAUAUGUUCUUCUGGUAUGGGAUAAGCCUUGGAGAUCUUUGUUCGUCUUCACGAUGUUAGGAAGAUAGCGCAUACAGAUGUAAUGAGGUUUCCAACUUUUCUUCAUCUGCUUCUUGCGACCCAAAUGGGAUACCUUUUCCUUGAGACUUUGUCUGUUCAAGAGGAAGAGGUUUCAGCACUGAAAGCUUUUGUGGGAGCCAUUUCUGAAGAUCCUCUUGCAAAACUAUCAGACUGGAGUACCGGCACAGAUCCUUGCGGCUGGUAUGGCAUCAAGUGCUCAGAUUCGAAGAACCAUGUGAUUUCUCUAAACUUUGCCAAUUCUUCCUUGAAAGGGUUCCUUGCACCAGAACUUGGGUCACUGAAUUCACUACAAGAGCUAAUUUUAAAUAACAAUCUGUUCUACGGAGCAAUACCCAAACAAAUCGGCAUGCUCAAGAACUUGCGGGUGUUGGAUUUGAGUGUCAACCGUCUUUUGGGGCCUAUUCCUUCUGAAAUUGGAGACUUGAGUAAUAUAACAACAUUAAAUCUUCAUUUCAAUGGUUUGACUGGUGCCAUCCCUAUCGAGCUUGGUAAUCUGGUCAACCUGGCUGCACUGUAUUUGGAUAGAAAUAAGCUUAGUGGACCAAUUCCUGGGAGCAAAAGCUCAAACUCAUCAACAGUUCAUGGAAUGCUAAUUUAUGAAAGUAACACAACUGGUAUAUGCCAGUUAACUAAGUUAAAAGUUGCAGAUUUUUCAUACAACUUUCUGCUGGGAAAAGUACCCACUUGCUUGGAGUACCUUCCAAGGACAAGCUUUCAAGGUAACUGCUUCCAAGAUAAAGACUCCAUCUAUCAUCGAUCUUCUCAACAAUGUAUCUCUGCUAAAAACCAAGAAACUGCAGAAGAGACUUACGAGCUAUCUAGUGUCAAGAUCAAUCAUCAAAACCUAAAGGAACCUGUGUGGCUUCUGAUUCUGGAAGUAUUUACAGGUGCUGCUUUUGUUAUCUUUUUUAUAACAUGCAUAGUUCGUGCUGCUAAAAGGUGCAAAUCAAAGUCAAAGUCUAAUGUGGUAAUCCCAUGGAAGCGAACACCAACCAUAAAGGAUCAUAAAAUCUCAAUUGAUGAUGGUCUGCUCAAAACUAUGUUGAGGUUUAGCCGACAGGAGCUAGAAGUUGCUUGUGAAGAUUUUAGCAACAUUAUAGGGUCUUCCCCAGACAGCAAAGUUUAUAAGGGGACUUUAAAGGAUGGGCCUGAAAUUGCUGUCAUAUCACUUGCAGUAUCUGUCUCUCACUGGCCAAUCUGUCUUGAGCUUUGCUUUCAGAAGGAGGUUGCUAACUUGUCAAGGUUAAAUCAUGAAAACACUUCAAAACUUCUUGGUUAUUGCAAAGAGAAUGAGCCGUUUUUGAGGAUGCUCGUUUUUGAGUAUGCAUCCAAUGGGACUUUGUAUGAGCAUCUUCAUUAUGGUGAUACAGGCCAUUUAUCCUGGCUCAGGCGCUUGAAAAUUGCAAUUGGUGUUGCUCGUGGAUUGAGAUACUUGCACACUGAAGUACAGCCUCCAUUCACAAUAUCUGAACUCAACUCUAAUGCAGUAUAUCUUACUGAAGAUUUCUCACCAAAGUUGGUUGAUUUUGAAAGAUGGACUACAAUAGUUUCGAAAUCAGACAAUGGCCUAAGCUACUUAAGUAAUGGAGGUUUAAACAAUGGUUUCUUGGAAAAUUCAGAGGCAAGGAAAAUGUAUGUUCAGGGCAACACAUAUGAUCUGGGGGUACUCUUGUUGGAACUAAUCAGUGGAAGACCACCGCAUUGCAAAGAAAGAGGGUGCAUUGUAAAUUGGGCAAUGGAGUAUCUGCAGCACCCAGAUAAGCUGAGUAUGCUAGUAGAUCCAGAACUCAAAAACGUGAAGCCUGGCGACCUCUCUGUACUAUGCAGUGUGAUUAGUCUCUGCAUUGAUCCUGAGCCAUCGAAGAGGCCAUCGAUGCAGAUACUAUGUGCAAUGUUGGAGGAUGGCAUUGACAUCUCUGUUGGUGCUGUUCUCAGUGAGUCUUCUCUGGCUUGGGCAGAGCUUGCUCUCUCAGUUUAGUUGCAGAUUCCACAUACUGUAAAAUCCACAGCUCAUAGAAUAUAGGAAAAAACUUUUUUUUUUUUUCCAAUCUUCUUUUGUUGGCGUGUUGUGUAGUUCUUAGCUUUUGCUAUGACAGUGCUUAAAUGGUCAAAAUUUGUAAGCUAAAAUGAGUGCAAUAUGUGAAAUCUUAUGUAAAUUCUUGGUUGAUGAAAUAAUUCAAUUGCAUAGCUUUGCCGCUAAACUUGCAUUGUCUAUUUA